AGAGAACCAUCUCUCUUUUCAGCUGCUUCAGAACAAAGAAGAAGAAGAAGAAGAAGAAGAAAGAAGAGGGAAAUGGCGGACAAGCCAAGCCGAGCACUGGUGUUGUACGGGGACGGGUUGGCUCGUUUCAUCGACCCAUCGCACAAUAAUCUCCACUCUCUCGCGUCCAAAGCUUCCUGUGGCUUCUUGACCCUACCCAAUGCCCCUCCCUCUGAAAUUGAGGAUGAGAGAGUAGUUAGGGAGUUUGCAGUAUUGCUGGAUGCUUGUGAAGCUCAUCUCAACAAGAGUGGCAAUACAGCUAAAAUGCCAACCAUUGAUGAGAGGUUCAUGGGUAUGAAAGCUGCUAUAAUCACAAACAGCCCAAGUUUGAAAUCUUUUGGUGCCAAAAUUGGCUGUAAUGUGUUGAAAUUUGAUGAUUUAAUGAAAAAUGUAUGUUGCCUUGCGGAACUACCGGCCAAUGUUGUGGCCUCUAAGUUGCUAAAUUUGCUUGGAUUUAAAGAAGGGAACACACUGGAGAUAAGUGAGUAUGAUUUAGUUUUUGUGCACAUUGGGGAUGGCGAAAAGGUAAAUGGUGAGAGAAACAAAGCUGUUGCCGAUGACACUGUGUAUGUCAAUACCUUGGUUGGUGGUGUAAUGCAGAUAGCCCAACCUGGAUCCGAAAUCAGUUCUCGUCUGCAUUUGUCCCUUGUGAUGAGUUAUGGCAAUGUCCCAGAGGACGAUGAUCCCAACUUGUCAGUUUUGAUUGCUAAAGAUGAGAAGAACUCUGAUCUUUCGGUGCUCUUCCCUCGUCAAAGUUACACACUGAGAGGAGAGAAACCACGGAAAGAUGUUAGGCACCAUUGCCCAAUGUUGAUUGCUCAAUGGCAGUAUGGUGUGACCCGCAAGGAUAUGGUAGAGGCAUUUUCCUUUAAAGAUUUUAAGGAGCAUGGUGGAGUUCUUGCGAUACCAGCAGAUAGGUUUCUGCAUGAGGUUGCCUUUAAGCUUUGGAAGGCCCCCAAGUAUGGUGCAUGAGAUAUAUUUAUCAACUGUGUAAUGUGGGACAAUGCUUAUAUUUUAAACAUAAGCACCUAAGAUAAAUCCGAAUGAUACAGCUGUCCUGUCUUGAUCCUCAAAUACUGUUAAAUCUUUUUUUGGUUUUUUGUUAAAUCAGGCACUGCUUAUAAUACAACCGUUUUGCUUGUGA